AUGUCCAAGAAAUGGGAGCCUCACAAGGAGGAAAUCUUGCGCCUCUACAUAGUCGAGAACCUGAGGCUCGACAAAGUGAUGGACCACAUGUUAGAAACGCAUAAGUUCGAUCAGAAGAAAUCACAAUAUGAAUACAGACUCAAAUUAUGGGGCGCCCGCAAAAAUGUCAAGAAGGAAGUGCUGGAAUAUCUCACACACCAGGAUCGCAAAAAACGGAAACUGCAAGGCCACAAUUCCGGCGCUUACGUUGUCGAUGGGAUACUGCUUUCAGAGGCUCGUUUCAAUCGAGCGCGGCAGAGACAUGAUCCCGGCCUAUCUUUGGCCAGAAAGUAUGGCAGAGCUCCAAGUCCACGACUUCCGCCGGGCCACAUCGUUCGCAGAGCUAGUCCGGGGGCUCCUGAAGUUGUCACUGAUUGGCCACAGUCUCUGCCCUGGAUUCAAUUCGAGAGACGCUUCAAUAUAGUCGUGCCGCAGUCGUCCAGAUUCAUGCAAAUUCUGGCUAAGGCUGUACUUGGCUGUGGUCUCAUACCUGGAAUAGAAUUCAACGAGCCAUCUGAUUUGGCUCGAGCAAUUUACGCAGCAUCGUACGAAUCGCCAUCUAAUGCAGCAAACCUUGCGCGAAUUCUGCCUUCCAUCCCAAGCGACUCGCAAUCAUCAAUGGCGUGCAUCGGCCUGUCGGAGCCUACCAACGUGGCGACAAAGAUAUUGAAGGCCUUUCUGUUCCAAGUCUCGAAUAAGCUCUACAAUCUUGAGGGUGCAGUUUAUGAUACCCACCAUGACCGGGGAAGUCAUUUGCUUUUGUUAUUCCUUGAACUCAACAAUGCAUAUCCCGUGUUUCUGGGCCAACUCAUUGUUUCCACUGAUCCUACUUCAGAGGCUAUUCUCGAGAGCUUGUACGAGAUUGCAGUAGAACAUGGUGCAACAGCGUUGGUGUCGAGACUAUUGGAGGCUGGCAGAGAUGUCAAUACGCUCAUCCCGAUCGCCUCUUACUUCAGGGGUUCCGUUUAUCGUGGACGAGCCUAUUGCAAAAUUAACGAAAUUGUGAAACCAUCGACAGCCCUUCAGUUUGCAGCUUCAACGUGCAACUUACAAUUAGCUAAGAUCUUGAUUGGUGCCGGCGCAGAAACAAAUUUGGGAACGCCCACGCCCUUGCAAUGCCUGUGCCUGUCCAAAAAAACCAAUCAUCCGGAUGUGUUAUAUUUCGCUGAUCUUCUCCUUCGCAAUGGCGCGCGAGUGGACGCACGGGCAGAAGAUUCGAUCACUCCUCUUGAAGGGGCAGUCCUCUCGAGGAAUAUCAGCCUUGUCCGCUUGCUUUUGCAGUGUGGUGCCACUGAAUCGCUACAGAAGCCGUGCGGCUAUAAUGCCAUACGUUACAGCUUUCUAGGAAUCAAGGAGUAUGAACUCCUGCUCCCACACACAACCGAUACUAGAGUGCCAAGUUCCCCUUUGCAACUCGCUAUUCUAGUAGGAGAUAGAAGCAUCACAGAAAUCUUCAUUUCGUCAGUCAUGGAACAAGGGCACAGAGUUAAAUCACUUGAGCGGGCCUUCAUCACUGCCUGCAUUACAGGAGAUCACGAUCUUGCUCAAAUCUUUUUGGGCCACCUCGAUACUCAACUUCAAGACAAUGAGGAUCUGGCCAAUUCAGCCUUUUUGGCCUCUUCAUGGGACAGGGACUGCCGCGUUUCCCAGCUCUUGAUGAAGCAUGAGGCUGUCCGUAAUCAGCUGCAUAGUUCCCGUUUCCCAAUCUUUCACGCAGCAGCAUUUCAUGGCAAUACUCGCCUUAUAAUGCUGCUGAAAGAUAGCGGAUUUGACAUCAAUCGUGGUUUCAGCCUGAUACACGGGAUGGGAAUAAGGCAGAAAGGCUGGUGUUCAAUAUCGUCUACUGCUUUGUGUUGGGCUACAAGGAUGGGCCACAAGGAUGCUAUAUCGAUUAUGUUGGAUCUCGGGGCUGAUGCAGCUGGCACUGAUCUCGUCUCUGCAAUAGAGACUAAAUCAGACAGACUGAUCACUCAAGUGCUGAAUCGGUGCAAGAACGUUGAUGAGCUAUGCGAUGUGCAACGUGGACUGAAUACUUACUCAUGCAGUCAGCAACGUGCGCUGGACGUUGCUAUUCGGUAUCGACACGGACUAAGACUCAUUCAAAAACUUGUCAACCAUGGCGCCGUCAUCCGAGGCCACGAAAUCAUCGAUGCUGUACGCAGCGACGACCAAGAGGUUGUGAAUUUCCUACUUCCAGGUUGCGAUGUGGUUGGAACCAACCCAAGAGGCGAAACCGUUCUAGAGGCGGCUUGUUGCACAGGGAACCUUGGCAUUGUGCAAUUUUAUUUUUCCCAUGGAGGAGUCUACGGCUCCAACGCCUUAUUUCUCGCUGUCAACAGGGCAGUCGAGAUGCACGACUACCGUGUUAUUGAGCACGUAAUAUCAAACCGGCAUCCUGGGCCCAUUGACGAAUACGAGGCCAGCGCUCUCGCCCUUUCCCUUCGAAUGGGUGGUCAAACCCUCAUCAAUAUGCUACUUGACGAUGCCUUCAGAGCAAGCACUGCAUUGUCAAUUUAUCUCAUUUACAGCACUGUCGCUCGCAAAACGAUUGAGUGUAUCAUCGGGCCCGACGACUACAAUGAUCCAAGCAUUGGUAUCGGGCAACACUUUCAAGUCGACCCGAUGAGAGAUCAACUCUCGCCGUUGCUGGUUGCAGCGUUCAUGGAACAAGAAGAAAGUGUGAGAACCAUGCUCGAUCGCGGAUACCUCCCCGACCCUUUCCUUGUCGAGCUGCUGUUUGAUUCAUCAUCAUCUCUGAGGGAAGACAUUAGAAACAAAAUCAUGUCAGCUCAUGUUUUGCAGAUAUCGCAUGUUUCGGACCAAGAAUGGCAUCAACGCAUGCUCCUACCAGCACUAAGUCAUUGUGCGGAUCUGGGAAUUGUUAAACAGCAUUUGGCAAGGCUCGAGUCCCUUGACUUUGAAGUCCGGGGUAGAAGCAAGGCCCUCAGUUUCAGUCCGUUGGAUGUUGCGGCCAGGACCGGGAAUGCCGACUACGUGAGAACUGUGCUGGAGGAAGGAGCGACUGCUGAUUCCCGAAAAUGGUUCCAGGCCGCAGAGGCAGUCUACACCGCAGUAGAAUUCGGAAAUUUAGACAUUUUAUCACUUCUCAUGGAGUAUGGGGCUGACAUCAACCAUCAACCACAUGAAGUAUUUUCUUGUGCUAUGUUGAACGGAAAUUUCAAGAAUAUGGUCUUUCUCCUGGACAGCGGCCUUGACAUCAAUGCACAUAUUCAAGUCUUGAGGGACGAAUUCACAUGCCUGGAGCUCGCAGCGGAAGACGGAAUGAUUGAUGCCGUUGAGCUACUUCUGUUGCGGGGUGUAGUCAUCCAAGGACGUGCGAGGAUACAUUACAUCAGGUCUGUGGUCCUUGCCAUGGAGAAAUGUCAUUAUUCAACAGCAAAGCUCCUCAAAGAGCGUGGUGGCUGGAAUGAAAAGGAUGAGGAGAUUGCAAGAACGCGGCGCGGUACAAAUGAUCUCGAUUGGUUCAUGGACGAUGAUUCGAGUUUCGAAGAGUGGUUUGGCUGUCCUUUGGAGACAGACACCUCAUCAUUGAUAUCCGGUUCCCCUGAGGGGAAUACAAGCACAACGAGUUCUUCGCGUACUUUUGAAGCUGCGGACGAGCAGUUAGCCGCUUACGAAAUGGAUCCCCGCACUGAUGACUUGUCCGUGUUGGACAUUGACGCGGACUUGAUGGAUUAUGAACAGACUGCUGAAGUACUCGAGUGGCCUUUUGUUUCGUACAAUCAGCAGGAUGUGGAACUUGACAUGAUUGUGGAAAAGCUACUUCUCGAGGACGGGGUGAUCUUUUGA